AAGUAAUAUUUCUUCCUUAUCAUUUGUACUCCUUGCAUAUAAAUUAACAACCAUGUACAUUUAAACAGGAAAGGAGUGAGAGUCGUGGUGUACCUCUCAUUUCUAGGGUUUCUCCUGGCCUUCAAGUGCGAAACCAACAACCCAGCCCCUCAUCCCUUUCCGAAUAGGCUGACGUGAACACUGCCACCCUGACAUUGUGUAGGUACAUCAUGUGUGCUUGCAGAACCUGUUACGGGCACACCAUGCGCUUGUCCCAUGUAAAAGCUGGCCUCUUGAGGCAAAAUCAUGUUUCUCUUAAUGUUUCUUUGUAGUGAAGUGAUACUUUAUUGAUAAGGGUUUAUGUGAACAGUCACUGUAUUGGCGAUAUAUUGAAAUGAUGUAGCUCAAUCUUUAUCUUGGGUGAGAAGUCUAUGGGCGCAAGUUGAAAGACAAUAUUGAUUCAUGUUGUGCGUAAGAGGUAGAGGCGAACGUCGAGUGGAGCAGGAGAGUACACGCACAAGUACACGUCUUUUAGGUGGUCAUUUUUCACUCGGAAUUUGUGCAGAGAAUUGUAGUGCAAGUGAAUAAGGAAACUCUAGGAGUCUGGAGGGCGAGGAAGCUUGUACACAUACGUACAAAGUAGUGCGCUUUAGAGGGGGGAGGUAGUGCUGCAGACAUCAGUGUCAGAAUGUACUGGUUAGACACUCCAGGCAGAGAAUCGUCGACAUACUGUGAGAUGGUCGCUACCCGUCGUUUGGAAUGACGUUGUUCCAUAUAGACUAUUUUCGAUGCCCUCGGAACGCCUUGAACGGCUUUGUCAAAGGCCUGCGGACCCUCUUACCUUUCUAUUGAUUGGAACUUGGUCUGAGUGUGUAUUUCCAGCGGAGAAAACCACUCCGAUCCACAAUGUGCUCCUGAUUUCGAGUGAAAGUGGGAGACCCUUUAAUUUUGAGUGCUAUCAUACGAGUUUUCCGUGUGACCACAUGGGUUCAAGGGUCACAAAAAGUUCAAAGACUCUUUGCUCAAGGUCACAAGAUACUCAAAAUGUGCACCAAGUGAAGUUUCAUAAUGAUUGAACUAAUCAAGUAUUUUGAUUGGAGCGGAGCGCCAUCAUUGUUGUAGAUCAUCAUGGAACUAUCCAAAGGUGAGACCCCUCGGAGGUCCAAGAUAUGUGCCGUGUGCUUUGGCGAGGCUGAGACCUAUCACCUCAACUAUGGAGCUAGCGCUUGUUUUAGCUGUCGGGCGUUUUUUCGAAGGACCAUCCAACGGUCUCGAAACCCCUCGUUUCAUUGCAAAAAUGGAGGCAUGUGUGAGAUCAAUGUCAAAACCAGACGGAAGUGCCAAGCCUGUCGAUUCCGCAAUUGCAUCACGGCUGGAAUGCAGCCCGACCAGGUCCUCAACGAUACUGCCAAACGUACCCGGUUCCGGAAGAUGCUCAAGAAGCAAGUGAAGGAUGAUCCCGCUCUAGAAACCGCUCUGGAGGAGGAUAAGCCUGUGGUCUUGCGAAUGGUCAAGAAGAACAAGAGGCUAAAGAGCAAUGAGGACGAUGACGAGCCUUCAUUGAAUAUCAAGUUAGAAGAAACCUCAUGUGACGGUAUGGAGCGCCAUGAACCUUUCAAUCCUAAAAGAGGGAAAUCGCCAAAAGUAACAACCUCAUAUCAAGCAUUACCUCCAGUACCUCUUCCCUUUUGGGAUGAACCUCAACCUAAUCAGCAUGUGGCGUUGCACAUGGAGCAAAACCAUGAAUAUGGGCUCACAGAAUACGCUACAAUUUACGACCAACGCAAUUCGGCCAAAGGAAGCAGACACGCAAGUGAUGAAGAAAACAAAAACCCUUUUUCGGAGUUAAAUGGAGGCUCGCCUAAGCCCUUUUCCGAAAAUGGGUCUCACUUACCCGAGCUCCCCGACGAUUUUUUCACCCAAAUGGACCAAAGCCUUCCUCAGCAAACAGCCAUGGAUGAAUUGGAUGUUGUGUAUCUUGAUGUCGAUGAGCAGAGGGAAGAGAAAAAAUCCAGAGGCAAAACUAAGUCAAUUAAACAAUAUCAGCACCGCCAGCGAAAACAGAUGAUGACAUUUAUGGAGAGAACUAAAAACGCUUGGUACCAAUCUUGCUCCAAUACCGCGAUUGGUGAAGGGGUGUUCCAAAAUUGGCUGGAAUUUCACAUGGGGCGUUACCGGAUGAACAAAUACGUGCUGAGGGUUUUAAUUGUACACUUGGCCAAAUUGUUUGCCAACUUCGCAUUUGCCCUCCCGGAAUUCAUGUCCUUGAGCAAAGCCGAUCAAUGCAAACUUCUCUACCGCAAUACUCCAAUCUUUGUUCAAUACUUUUGUGGUCGCUUCAUCAACGCACAAACGGGUCAACAGCAAGUGGAAUGGCUUUUCCCCAUGAAAAUUGACCACGAUUUUGCAUACCAAUACUCUAAUUUGCCCAAGAUUCCCUUCUCAUUGGUCAAUCAAGCAGUAAAAGCCUUCAAAGGUUCGAGUGCAGAAGAGUUAUACGAGAAAAAGGCCUCUGAGCUUGACAACCAUCCUCUCCUGACCAGCUGUAAUUACUUGGUGGCCAUGACAUGUUUAUUUGGUACCAGUUAUGCGACCAUCCUAGAUAACGAGACUGUGAUUCAAGGCCAUUUAAUUGAUAUCUUGACAUUCUCCGACUGGGCUGCGGAAGUUUAUGCUUGUGCUGACAAGGAGACACUGACCAAUGUCAUUUCAAUCCUUGAGAAAAUGGCCGUGUUAUUCGAAUCCAAUAUCCGGUGGGAGGAAUCCGAAUGUUACUUUCAAGAGAUCUCCAACGUUAUCACCAUGCCAUAUACGCAAGAGGAGGAGUGUUGGCUAAUCCGCCAGUUCGAGAAAUUUGAUCGGGCCUUCCACGACGUUUCUUUCGGCGAAGACAUCCUCAAGGAGUUCGUUAUGUUCAGUUACGAUGUCCCUUUGUCGAAAGCUUUUGUCCCAAAGCUUGUUUCCGUUUUUACCGAGCGGUUUCGUCGCAUCAUGAAAGUCCAUGAAGAAUUCAAUGCACUCAAUGACCAUGAUCAAGGCCAGCUCUUGUCCAAUAACGUGAUGGAUGCCGUAUCCCUCUGUAUUGCCAAAGUGGAAAAUUUUGAAACCGGUAAUCAACAACUCAAAUUUGCUUUGGGAAAGUUGGACGAUGGAAUUUUCCAACAGCAAUAUUUUGGAGUGAUGGAUGUCUCCCAACUGAAACGGAUGACGCUUAUCCGGAUCAAUGAUAUGACUGCCAUGAUGGGCAAUUCCGACCUGAUCAAGGAGUUCCAGGGGAUAUCAUCCCAUUUGUCCAGUUUGGUGCAAAGUGUGGACAUUUUCAAACUCCUUAUUUUCAUUACUAUGUUUUCAACCAACGACCAAGUGAGAUCCUCUUCUAUGGACGAGGUCCAAAACAAAUACCUGACUAUCUUUAAGCGCAAAUUGCAAAGUCUAUCGAAUUCUACCUUUGAAGACACCUUCGAUCAAUUCAAGAAUGCACUCCGAGAUAUUCGCAAAUUAACUCGACUCAUCACGGUCAUCCUGAAAAGUGUGGCUUGAUCUUAGCCACCCCCCCCCAUUGUAUUGAACUACCUCUUGUCGUGAUCCUAGGCAUUGACCUAUGAUGUUUCGUCUCGAUAUCUUUGGGAAAAGUAACCUUGAAAGCUAGUCCAUAGUCAUUGUCUUGAGAAUGAAGGUGAAAUAUAUUUAGAUAAUGUC